AUGAAAUCUGAAGGACUAGAGAACUCAAGUACGGUUAGCAUUCCUUACUUUACAUCCUUAAUUCAAUCUGGAGGACUAAUCCCCAGACGUGAAAGGCUAUAUGCUCGCCUAGUAUUUAUUACAUUUGGUAUAGCUUCUUUAUUUAUGUGGAAUACAUACUUAAGUUGUUAUGGAAUUCUGAAUAAACAAUUAUUUCCAGAAAUGGGAUUUAUUCAAUAUGUUCAAACCAGUUAUAUGACAUCUGUAUUCAUAGGUAACUUAACUAUGGUUUUUGGUUUGACUCAUAUUUUUGAUCCUCACCAUUGUACUGUAAUAUUUAAUUGUGUUGGUGCAUUACAGUCUUCAAUCAUUUGUCUAUCUAUAUGGUUUCUACACGGUACCUAUUGGGGAUGCUCUUUAAAUAUUCUAAUUGCAGGACUUGUAGCUUUUAGCUGUGCAAUUUUGAUACCAGAGACAUUUACAUUGGCAGCUAUUAUGCCAGAAAGCUUUUGUUCGGAUGUAUCUUUAGGGCAAAGUUUCAGUGGAGCAAUUACAUUUGCUCUGACAAUUAUUUUGGACAUGAUAAUCCCACACGAUAUUCAAGGAAGAAAGCUUCUAGUAACCAUAAUGUUUGCUGCAAGCACAGUUAUUUCACUCUUGGCUGCAUUUUUGGCUCAAUCACUAACUAAAUCUCCCUGGAGUUACUCAGCUAUUGCUGAAAUUCGUAAGAAAUCAAAUGCAAGCACACUAUUAUCUGCUAGUCAAAACAGAAAUGACUCUCAAUUUUCCUAUGAAGAUUCUCUACUCUCAGUUCCUAUUUCCCUUGACACCGAAAAUAGUUAUGAAUGCAGAAGUAGCCAUUUGGAAGUAACCAGACAGAUUUGGCCACAACUUUAUAAUAUUUUUAUGUCUUUUAUGGUUACUCUGGCAGUUUUCCCUACAGUUUGUGCGGAAUGGGACUUUUUUUUACCUGAAAAAUAUUCAAAUAUAUUGAUGGUGACUUUAGUUGGAAUGUUUCAUCUUGGGGAUAUGCUUGGAAGACACGUACCUAAAUUUGGGUUCACUAUCCCUCCAUCUCUUCUUUGGAUUCUAACCACUUCCAGGCUCGCUUUUAUACCUCUUUAUGCAGCCAUUAAAAAUGCCAGUUAUGGAUCUUUUCUUGCUUCUAUUUGGACUAAAAUUAUUGUCCAAUUUCUCCUGGCAUUUACUAAUGGUCUUUCUGCAUACCUUGCCUUUAUUUAUGGGCCUGAAACUGUAUACUUUAGGCAUAAUAAAGAAAAGGCAUCUUUCCUUCUUGCCAUUUAUAAUGUAGCAGGUAUGACAGCUGGUAGCUGGCUUAUGAAUCUUCUUAUAUGGGUUAAAUACUUUUGA